AUGACCACAGUCAGAAUCGCAUUUCUUUGGUGUCAUCGCGCUGUAGACAAGCCCUACAGAAGGCUCGCAAUCAGGAGUAACACGACUAUAAGCUUAGGGGACGUGCAUCCUUUGGUUACUACCACGAGCAGUUCAUCAUCCACUCGCACUACGGAGGGCAUAUUACCGCCGCCUGUGUCAUUACAUUCACCUUCAUAUGAAAACCCGUCAAGAAAUGGGUCGUUGGUUAGUGAAGGAACUAGAUCUACGAAACCGCCGGAUGGCAACCAUGGGGAACCAUCUACAGCCGAAUUGCGAAGCAGCGAGGCCAGGAUUAUCGGGGACACGUUUAUAGCCAGUAUUACGACGCUUACAAGACCGCCUCUCACAACACCAACAGCCUUGACAAGCCAGACGAGCUCUACUACUCAUCGUGUGUUUCCCACGGUUUCGGCGAACACAACCAAUCUUACCCAUGUAGCAACACCUGGAAGAUAUACCAACUCUUCUACAGCUGCGCCUACAACUAGCGCGGCAGCAUCUGUAGUCACGACGCCCUCUACCAAUGAAUUCUGCACGACAAGCUCUCAUGGUCCCUUCACUACCGUCAUAGAAUAUUCGAUUAUAUAUACAUGGACGAUAACGUGGUAUGGUGAUCCGGCCGACUACACACCCCCUUUUCCUACUAUCAGCACACCUAGAGCAUGCACGCCGACAACGAGCGCAACGGGCAGGUUCACCGUCUCGGUGUGUGAUAGUUCCGGGCAGUCCUGUUCACUCGUGCAUACCACGGAUGACCCUAGUGCAGCCGCGCCGUCGAGCAUAUCGGAGCCAUGGUGGGUCACGGAUACGUCGGCCAUAAGAGGCAUGCAACCGACGCUCACUUUCGUGACGACGGACAAAAACCCCGCCGUGGUCUUCUCAUCCUCACCACCCCCCGAUUACGGCGGUUCCCCUGACCCCAUGGGAAAUGUGCACAGUGCACCCUACCCAAACCAUCUUGGGUCCUCUGACGCGCCUAGCUAUGGCGACGGAGCCGCGACAGGCCAGGAUAUCAGGUCAACGCCGGUUACCACGCCAAUUACCACAACAUCGCCCAUCACUGUCACUGUGAAGCCCAGCGUCGUGGUCAUUGACGACCAGACGUUUACCGAUGACCCGGCAAAGCCAACAUCAACAGUCGUAGUAGACCAUAAUACUUUUACCAUUGACCCAACGCGAAUUGUGGGCGCAGGUGCUACGGUGACACGGCCAUCUAUUAGUCCCAGGGCAUCUUCACCGCAGCCUACGAAAAUCACCACCAUAGGUGACAUUCCAGUGGAUGUUGAAGGAUCAACUGUGAUUAUCGACCAGACAACUUUCACUAUUGGACCCAAGCCGACCACGGUGGUGAUAAAGGGGCAAACCGUCACACUAAGGCCGGGCGCCAUUAUCUUUCCGAGCCAAACACUUGUCAUCCCGACGGUACAGGACACAACGCAAGUCGUAUUCGGCGCAGAGCUAAUCACAGCCAUCGGCUCGGACAGGGCUGUUAUUGAAGGUAGAACAAUAACUUACAGGCCAGGCUCAACAACCGUCACAGAGGAAAUUGACGGAGACACGAUUCUGAUUGGACCAUCGGGAAUCAUCUUACACGGCGAAACAUAUGGUGGGGGCAAAGCGGCAUCGACAGAGGUGGAGUUUGCAGCCGCGGGCGGCGUGACGAUCUCACAGAUUGGGCCUACGGUGGUCGUGGUGCAGGGCGUCACAUACACUCUAAGCCCACUCUCCCCUGGGCAAACUGCUACGACGAUAAUCCUCGGCGAUGAGACAAUAACGAUAGGAUCCGAAGGGGUAGCUAUCGAGACAUGGACGCUGAAACCCCCUUAUAUAUCGACGACGACCAUCACGCCAAGCAACGGCGCGGCUGUGGCGCUGGCUCCGGCCACGGCCACGGCAACGGCAACGGCCAUAAAUACUAAUAAUAACAAGAAGAAUAGCGGAUCGUGCUCAACCCUGACACGGCCGCACUGGGCAUUAAGCGCCUAUGUAGCGACGAUAGCUUGUAUUAUCCAGCUUGGAAUCCUCUACUGGUUUUGA